UACAGGGGGAUGCCGUAUAUCGUAUACAGUUUAAUUUCACUACACAGAGGUGUCUUAUUUUAUUUUUUUAAAGCACAUUGAGCGCCCCUCAUAUAAACAUUUAGCUGUCACAUUUGUUGUGGUUGCCAUGGUAGCCGGCCCGAGUGACGUCAUUACGUAACGCAGCGUUACUAUCCAGGUGUCCUGCUUGCCGUGUGGUGGGCGUGGUGUGUAGGGAGUGGGCGGGGCACUGACGCAGACGAACAGGAGGCGGGGGGAUGACGUAGGCGGCCCCAGUCUCCGUGUCACACGGGAAUACCUUCCAGGCGCAAGGUGGACGGCGAGAGGGUAGAGAGCGCGCAGAGCGGCAACAUGAACCGGAGCCACCGGACUGCGGGCACCAGCAGCAGGUCACUGGGCACCGUGGAGGUAAAGAGCAAGUUUGGUGCAGAAUUCCGACGUUUCGCUUUGGAAAGGUCUAAGCCUGGAAAGUUUGAAGAGUUCUAUGGAUUGUUACAACACGUGCAUAAAAUCCCCAACGUGGAUGUGUUGGUGGGAUAUGCAGAUAUCCACGGAGACCUUCUUCCUAUUAACAACGAUGACAACUACCACAAAGCAAUAACCACCGCCAACCCCUUGCUGCGGAUAUUUCUACAGAGAAAAGAAGAAGCAGACUACAGUGCCUUUGGCACGGAUACUCUGACCAAAAAGAAGAAUGUACUUACCACAGUUCUGCGCCCAGAUAUCAACAAGAAAAAAACCCAUCUUGUUAUUGGGAUGCCCAGCGACUUCAGGCCAGUUUCCUCUAUUAUCGAUGUCGACAUUCUCCCUGAAACUCACCGCAGAGUGCGACUGUACAAACAUGGAAUGGAGAAACCUCUGGGCUUCUACAUCCGGGAUGGCUCCAGUGUCCGCGUGACACCACAUGGCUUGGAGAAAGUGCCAGGCAUCUUUAUAUCCAGGCUUGUUCCUGGAGGACUUGCCCAAAGCACCGGAUUAUUAGCGGUCAAUGACGAAGUUCUCGAAGUUAACGGAAUUGAAGUUUCUGGGAAAAGCCUGGAUCAGGUUACAGACAUGAUGAUAGCAAACAGUCACAACCUCAUCAUUACAGUGCGGCCGGCCAACCAGCGCAACAACGUGGUACGGAACAGCAGGAACUCUGGAAGCUCUGGGCAGUCAACUGACAGCAGCACAAGUGCAUACAGCAACCUUCCCCCACAACAGAUCAUCCAGAACUUCCAUCCUGAGGAGGCACAGAGUGAUGACGAGGAUAUUAUUAUAGAGGAGGGCAGCACCUCAGUCAUCCCCAGAGCGGCGCCAUCCACUGAGAGCCUGGAUUCCUUAACUCAACAUAACUCUUACCAUGACACUUCACAGAAUGGAUUUAUAUCAUCCACAUAUCGCACACACUUAUCUGCCAGCUCUGGCAGCCUGGACCACAUUGGGCAUAACCACGACACUAAGAUCUUGGAAGAAGAUGGCACCAUUAUUACACUGUGAACGCCAGAUCGGACGUGGCGACUGGCGCUGCCUCGUUGCACAUAUUAUAAUUAUUAUUUUAUUU